AUGAAUAUAGAAAGAGAAAAGGAAAACAACAACCAAAAACCGCAAACAACAGAAAAGAACUGUAUGAGCAACAAGGAGAAGAUUGACUAUGAACCAAAAAAAAAGGGCAACACAACAGUGGAAAUCUUCCCCCUAUAUAUACACACAUCCAAAACGCCCAGAAUAAGGGCCACAGCCAAUAGAGAGAGAGAACAUCCUCUAUCAAUAGUGCUCUGCUCGGUUCGUGAGCCAAUACAGAGUUUCCCCAAGUUUGAGCCCCCGGCGCUUAGGGAGGGCCAAGCAUUUCGGCUAUGCAGGACGACACCCGCUUUCAUGGGCUUGGAGAAGAGUCAGGAGCUUACUGGCGUUUGCUUCAGUCUGACAUGGUCGGUGGCUGCCAAAAUGGGCGACAUACCGCAAGGCCGCCAAAAGGUUUGCUUGCAGAAAGUGUUUGGGUUAUAUUGGUACGUAGAAGUAGUUACAAAGCAGGGCAAAGAGACGUCGCGCAGCACACUCUCCGGCCAGUUGUCUGCUUUAGCGAAACAAGUAUUUGGCUUGAGUUACACGCCCAUAUGUAUGUGUACGCAGUCCACAGAAUUGGGCCUAGCUAGAUGUAUCAGGCACCUACGACGUCAAGCAAGAAACACCAGCGUAGAACGCUCAAACACAAUCCAUCUUGGUUAG